AUGACACCCUUAUUAUGCUUUAUUUACAGUUACACAAAAUCUUUUCCACGACCAGGUGAAUCUGUUGUGGGAGCAUCAUUCGAAGCUGGUCCCGGGGGUAAAGGAGCCAACCAAGCUUCUCAGAUAGCUCGGCUCGGUGGUAGGGUUAUAAUGAUUGGGAGGGUAGGAAGUGACAUUUUUGCUCCGGUCAACAUUGAAAGCAUGAAACAGUCUGGCGUAAUAACAGAUUAUAUAGAGAAAGACCCCGUCGUUAAUACAGCUACUGCUAUGAUUACGGUGACUAGUGAAGGCGAGAAUUCGAUUGUGGUAACACUGGGAGCCAACUUGGAACUAUCCGCUCAAAGGGCUGAAGAAAUGGAACCAGUUAUCGCAAAAUCGAAGAUCAUGCUCUGCCAAUAUGAGAUCAAAUUCCCCGCUUUAAAAAAGGCGUUAGAAGUUGCGAAAAGGAAUAAUGUGAAAACCUUCUUUAACUUUGCUCCUGGUGUGCCAGAUUUUGACAAAGAUGUGUUGAAACUCGUAGAUUACCUAUGUACUAACGAAAAUGAGACAGAAUUUUUGUCUGGAAUGGAAGUACAUAGCAUAGACGAUGCCAAAAAAGCUGCAAAGUAUCUUCUUGGUUUUGUCACCACAGCCGUUGUCGUUACAUUGGGAGGGAAAGGAGCCGUUUUAGCUACACCAAAUGAAGUCAAAUAUAUACCCGCUAAACCGGUAAAAGCUGUUGAUACAACGGGUGCUGGAGACAGUUUUUGCGGAGCUUUAGCCUAUUUACUAGUAUACAAACCGGAGCUACCUUUAGAAGAACAAGUACAAAGAGCCUGCUUUGUGGCAUCAAUUUCAGUGCAAAGCAAAGGGACUCAAACUUCUUAUCCGUAUGCAAAAGAUUUACCUGAGGAAUGGUUGAGAUGA